AAAGCUGCCUCGAUGCAGAUCAAAGAUGCGCAGGUCAUAUUACUCGUCCUGUUGGACUGGUUUGUUCAAAACAACGUUGGUAAGCAUCUUCUUGUGGCGUACUGGGGACAAAACAGCUCAGGAAACGACUUUCCAAAUAAUCCUGAGAAAGAACUGAAAGAUGUCUGCGCCAAACGGAAGUACGACAUUAUUGUGAUUGGAUUUGUGGUGACUUUCUUUGGAAAAAAUAACAAAGAUGAGAUGCCGGAGGUGAAUUUUUCUGGUCACUGUUGGGAACCUGCAUCACCGCAACUCCCAAACCUUUAUAGUUGUCCCAACAUCGAAGAGGGCAUCAAAGCUUGUCAGCAGAUGGGGAAGAAAGUUUUAAUAUCGCUUGGAGGAGCAACAGGCAAAAAUGACCUGACAGAUGAGAAAGCAAAAGUGCUGGCUAAAAAUCUCUGGGAUCUGUUCCUUGGAGGAAAGGAAAGAUCCGACAUCAGGCCAUUUGGAAGUGCAAUUCUCGACGGUAUCGACCUGGACAUCGAGGACGCCAAGUCAGAAGGCUAUGCUCAGCUGGUAAAAAGUCUUCGAGAUCUGGAGGACGGCUCGAAAAAGUAUCUGAUUACUGGUGCUCCUCAGUGUGUAUAUCCUGAUGCAUCUCUCGGCCCCUCCGAGGGUACUGCCCUGACUGACCAGGGAGCCCAGUUUGAUCACGUCUUCGUGCAGUUCUAUAACAACUUCUGCCACACUGGCGACCAAGCACAAUUCUAUCCAACUAUGGACAAGUGGCUUCAGUUUGCAUUCGACGCUACCCGAGGAAUGAUACUGAAGAGAACUGUGGAGGUUUUCGGGCCCAAGAUAUUCGUGGGGAUGCCGUCUCACUCAGGGGGUUCAGGAGAUCCCAAGUAUUACCGGACCCCUCAGGAGGUGGCCGCGAUCUAUGAGAAACUAAAGGAUAAGCCAAACUUUGGAGGGUUCAUGCUAUGGGAUGCUUCUUGGGAUCAGCAAAAUGUCAUUCAAGGAAAAGUCUAUAGCGACCACAUUGCGGACAUUAUCAGCGAGAGCGGCAACUCAGGGAAACCGACAGGAGUCCCAACCACAGCUACACCUGGGUACACCCCAACAUCGGAUGGAUCGAUUACCCCUGGGGGAACUUUACCUCCGACAACUCCUGGUGGGUCUCCACCUCCGACAGCCGGAGGUUCUACGCCUUCUACCUUACCCGUUGUUCCUACGUCUCCACCAUCCCCAGGGGAAGGUGAUGGUCUUGAUUUUUGCAAAGGAAAAGAAGAUGGGGACUACAGAGAUCCGGAUAAUCCCUCGGGUUACAUAUCCUGUUCCGGGGGAGUGACCCACAAGAGAAAGUGUCCCCAAGGGCUCGUUUGGAAUGAAGAGGGAAAGUACUGUGAUUGGCCAAAGAAGCUUAAAUCGAACACAAGGGGGAACCAACGUCCUUUCUAUUUCAAAGCUCUGAAGCACUCAGCAAACGUGAUUCAAGUCUUGAAGAAGCGAACGAACGAAGGAAGAGUCGGACGCGGAAGGAAAUUGAACGAAUGGAAGAACACAAGAAAUACUGAAUGAAUCAGUCACGGAAAGAACUGAUAACAAUUGAAAGGACUCAAAGUAUCUCCUCCUGAAAUAAAUCAUGUUUACUCGAUUCAAUUAAAUUUUAAUCUAUCCAAAGUAAAAAAUCGCAUCAAAGUAAGAACGUCUUAUGGAUCCCUUUAUUGAUUAACGCCUCUCUUCCAAUUUGCUUCGCGAAAACAAACCUUUAUCGCCCUUUGCACUGUCAAAUAUUGCAAUAACAUUGUAAUUAGUAACGGAAGCUGUCAGUUAAUUUGUUCUCCUGCGACGUAAAGUUGUUUUCGCGGACCUAUUUCACAUAGAUGGGGCAUUAUGAAAAACUGAUACAAUUUCGUGUUCUACUUCAUUGAGUAAAGGCAAUGGAAAAGAGGUUGCUUCUCUCAGUUAAGCUCUACGAGGAAAAUAAUAAGCUUAACGCUGAACGCGUUUGCGCAUUUUUUCUUAAGACAACAUAAACGUGAUGUCUUACAGAAGAAAACAAUUUGUAUCGCGACUAUCUGUUGCGAAUUAAAGGACGGCCAGAUAAUGUUAUGGUUGUGUUACAUGGUUUGCCUAUUUACGAAUUUGGUAGAGGAUAACUGCCGGCGUGUUUGACAAGUGAACUUGAUGUCAUCGACGUUCACCACAAGACUCAAGGAGGGAGUUAACCCUCAAUCAGUCUAAACAGGUUUCUGUAAAUAACUCUAUUUUGCAACUGUCCAAAACACGUGAACCUCAGCCGAUGGAAACUGUGUCACCAGCAGCAUCGAUUAAACUACUUCUGGUGCCACUACAACCUAUCAUUUACAUAGCAACUCCUAUAAACAGAGAAUUGCGC